CUUUGGUAGCGAAUGGUGCCGGCCGAAGCAGCCUUCCAGGACGAUGGGGACAGCGUAAGCGACUCCUUUUUCCCAAGCAGCAAACUGGUUCCGUCACAACCCACAAUACGGUCACGAUAUGAGGGCAUGUACCAUUGCGAGUUCUGCCCUUACUACUGUCAGAGUCUUUAUAAAAUCACCAGGCACGAAAGGACACACACAGGAGAGAAGCCUUUCCGCUGCUCUGUCUGCGAGAUAGAGUUUUCUCAAAUGGGUAACUUACGGUAUCACAUGAGAACCCACACGGGGGAGAAACCAUUCCGUUGCAAGGUUUGCCCAAAGGCAUUCACCAGGAAAGAUAGCCUGACGAUUCACAAAAGAGUACAUACGGGCGAAAAACCGUACAAGUGUGGUACAUGUGAGAGAGAAUUUUCAAACAGAUCUAACAUGUUGCUACACAAGAGAACCCACAGAGGAGAGCGGUCUUACAAGUGUGAAGCCUGUGGGAAAAUGUAUAAACAGAGUUACCAUUUAAAUAGCCAUCGGAAAAAAGCGCACAAGUGAGGGAUCUGCAUCAUGCAAUAUCUGGAGGUAUGAAAGAAUUCUUUCGUGUUUUACCUUGUGUUUCACUGCCUGUCUGUUGUCUGUUCAAAUGAAAUUGAG